AUGCUGGACAGCACCGUCCCCGCCUGCUUCCUGUGCCUGCUGGCCCUGUCAUCCGCCUGCUACAUCCAGAACUGCCCCAGAGGAGGCAAGAGGUCCUACCCCGACACAGCAGUCCGACAGUGUAUACCAUGUGGCCCGGGGAACAGAGGGAACUGUUUCGGACCAAACAUUUGCUGUGGAGAAGAUCUAGGAUGUUACGUCGGGACCCCCGAAACCCUUCGCUGUGUGGAAGAAAACUACUUACCUUCCCCCUGUGAGGCCGGUGGAAAACCCUGCAGCAGUGGAGGCCGAUGCGCAGCACCGGGAGUCUGCUGCAGUGACGACACCUGCGUCGUGGACUCCAGCUGCCUGGAUGAAGACAGCGAGCGGAGACGAGUGACCCCCGAGCAGAACAUGACCCAGAUGGACGGCUCCGCCAGCGAUCUGCUCCUCAGACUCAUGCACAUGGCCAACAGACAACAGCAAAGCAAGCAUCAGUUCUACUGA